AGAGGGCUUUGUCAUUUGUUUGGAAUAAAAUAUAAGUUCAUAGACUCUUGAUUUUAAAUUAGGUUCAAGUUUAAAUUAGUAGGAAUUUAGUGCAGGAGGCUGAUAUUAAUAGAUUUAACAUUGUUUUGCGUAUAAUUAACGAUAACUUAAGUUUUCUGUCCUUUUGGAGUCAAUGAACGUUAUAUAGAUUUCAUGAAAAAAAGGCCAAAAUUUUAAGUAUUUGCCAUUGAAUGAAGAUGGGAGAAUAUUAUCCUUUUUAAAGUAAAGAGGAAUGGAAUAUUAGCAUCUGAGCCAAAAAGUCUACUUCUGGCAUGAGGUGGACAGUCCACUUGGAGGGUGGUCCUCGCCGUGUUAACCAUGCAGCAGUUGCUGUUGGUGAAAACAUCUACUCUUUUGGUGGUUAUUGUACAGGCGAGGAUUAUCAGAUUGUCCGCCCAAUAGACAUUCAUAUGCUGAACACAGUUUCCUUAAGAUGGUUUCUUCUUCCAUCUUAUGAUCCCAGUGAACUAAGUUUUGACAAUGUUCCUUUUCAACGUUAUGGACAUACUGUUGUGGCUUUUGGGGAGAUGGUGUAUUUGUGGGGUGGAAGAAAUGACAAUGGUGCUUGUAAUGUACUCUAUUGUUUUGACACGAAUACUUAUAAAUGGUCUCGGCCAGCAGUUGUAGGUGUAAUACCUGCUGCACGUGAUGGACAUUCAGCCUGUAUUAUUCAGAAUUAUAUGUAUAUUUUUGGAGGUUAUGAGGAAGUGGCUGACAUUUUUUCUCAGGAUGUUUUCUGUUUGAAUUUGUACACCAUGACAUGGCAGUAUAUAGUUACAAAAUCUUUAUGGAUACAACAGGGAACACCAGCUCGCUGGCGAGAUUUCCACUCAUCAUCAGCAAUAGGGAGUAAAAUGUACAUAUUUGGAGGACGUGGUGAUCGGCAGGGUCAAUUUCAUUCACGGGAUGAAGUAUAUUGUAAUAAAUUGGUUUACCUGGACACCUCAACAAUGGCAUGGGUCCAUCCAGAAACCAGGGGUCCUGCUCCUAUUGGACGCCGUAGUCAUUCUGCAUUUGUGUUCCAAAAUCAUCUAUAUAUUUUUGGAGGAUAUAAUGGACUUACAGACAGACAUUUUGGUGAUCUGUAUAGGUAUAACCCAGAAACAAACAGAUGGUCUGUUGUGGAGGUUAAAGGUCGAAGUCCAUGUGCUCGCCGAAGACAGUGUUGCUGUGUAGUUGGAGGAAAUAUUUUUCUGUUUGGAGGGACGAGUCCUAGUCCAGGUGGUAUUGUGUUGCCAACACCACCAGAUGCAGAAGUUGGUGAUUCAGCUUUGAUGGAUCACUCGGACCUUUAUGUCUUAGACACAUUUCCCUCACUAAAAACUUUGUGUAUGCUGCUAGUCAUAGAACAUCGGUUAGAUCAGAGUUGUCUUCCUAAAGUUGUCAGGUGGGAAAUUGAAGCUAUGAUCACUAACAACAGUAUUAGUAGACCAUUACCUACUAUGGGAUGAUUGACAAUCUUAUUUUGUGUUUAGAUACAUGACCUUUAAAACAAAAAAUAGCGUUUAUUUAUUUAAGAAAUAUUACAUUGUAUAUAAGAAACUUGUGAAAGGAAAAUCUGUUUUAAAUGAAUAAAAGGGUAUGUGCUGUAAGGUUCUUCUCUAUAGCUAAUUUUAAGUAUAUGACUCACUUUAUUUUGAUUUUAACUAUUAUUCACUGGUUUUUACACCAUAUAAAAAUAUUCUGUUUAAGCUUUUGAUAUUUGAUUAAAAGAGUGACAAAUUUCAGACUUCACCAUAUUAUGUUAAAUAAUUCAUGUUUAGAAAUACAGGUUAUAUUCAGGCCUUGGAGUGUAAAAUGUGUGAACUGUUUUGAUACUGAAACUAAGACUAAAUUGAGAUAAAUAUUUCUGUGAUUCAAAAAUCAGCAAGUCAUCAUUGCUAAAUUAAUGGGAAUACUUACUUGAAUUUCAUUACAUCUAUGUUUCAGGCAUUUCUGUGGAAAGCUUAUGCAAUAUGUGGGAAGAGUCAGUUUUCUGGAAAGUUUAUUGAUAGGGGAGCUUAUCAAAAAGCCACUACAGCUAGAAAGUAAAUAGUUUUGUGGAUGUUCAUGUAAUUAGUUUAAAGCUUAUAUUGUAUUAUCACAGCAGGAGAUUACAGUUUUCUGAAAUACUUAAUAUGUGGUAUGGUUUUUGAAAUUUCAUUAUAGGCUAGACAAUUAUAUCAGAUCUAUUAUUAGCUAUGUUGUAAUUACUAUAAUGAGUAGAAAACCUAACAGGACUCAACACAGCAAGAAAUUACAGUUUUGUAUGAUGUUAUAUUAAGUUAGAAGUUUGUGUGGAUCUUACCUAAGUGGAGGAAUAGAACGUUUUUUUUUAGUUGCUGUAGUGAGUAGCAGUUUAUCAAAAUGGACAACCAUAUAUAUACCCUUAGUCAUGUUCAUGUAUGGUUAUUUAAGAUCCCAAGGUCAGAAAUUAUUCCAUCUUGUUGUUUAGAAGGUCAGUUAGUACAGUACAAAUCCAUAUUAUCUAGAAAGUAAAUAUAAAGUAUACAUUCUACGAAACUGACAGCCAGGAACUCGUAGAUAGCAGUACUCUAAAUUGCAUUGUGUUUACCUUUUAUUAUUAAUAGUAAAUUCUAAAACAUAUAUUUAUUUUAUUUUAGAACAAACCAUGAUUUUAAAGAUACAUUUGUGUUCAUGAGAAACAUGCUGGCAAAGGUCAUUCAUUGUUAUAGAUUUGAAGGUUCAUGUACAAAAAUUUGUUAUAAAUGAGAGGCCUUACUCACAUUUGUAAUAUGUGUGUUGUAUAAAAGAUAUUUAUGUAAAAGUCUGCACAAAAUGAUGCGUAUUAUGUGUUUUAUUGGAUCACACAUUUUAGCUAUGUAGCUAAAACAAAGAAAUUAACCUAGAGAUAUUCAACAUCAGUUACUAAAAAUUUUUCUUAUUAUAGCACUGUCAUUAUAGGUAGUGUAUCUUAACAGACUUUUUGGAUCCUUGCUAACAAGUACUACAUAGAAAGUCAUUCACUUGUUAGUGGUUGUAUAACUAAAAAUUGCACAGUUUGCUGUAUCUACAUACUGUUAUUUUAAAGCAAGAGGACAUUUCAUUGUUUGCUGUAGUAACAGUUGUUUUGAAUUAUUAAUGGUGUCUGAAUGAAUGAAAGUUGACCUUUUUUUUUGAUUAAAAUAAUA